GGACAAUAACCAGCUGGAUUCAUCCGCACACACGGUGUGCGUGGUGGUGAGUAAAUUUUUUGUGCCUGCUAAGGAGACUGACAUAUAUUUCCCCGACGAAAAACGGCUUUAUUCUGUGCACCCCGCGUUGGGACAAGCACAAGACAAGAGGAUGACGGCGUUCUCCUUCGCCGCUGUCGCCGCCAAGUGGUUCUACCUCUUCUCUCCCAUAUCAAGAACUGCAAAAGUGUCUGGGUCUGGAAGACUGCGAAACUUGUCAUGCUGAUCUGGCAUGGCCCUUAAAUCUUCUGUAUUGCGUGGCCACAAACAGCCUCUCUCGCCUGUCAUGCAAAAACACAGCUUCUCUUUCUCAUGCGGAAUACGCAGCACAGAAGCACGAAAAAACUUGUCAUGCUUGGCGGCGCACUACAGUGCAUUUGUUAUUGGCUGUCUUGCAUCACAAGUUUCCAGUCAGACCCAGACAUUUGUGCACUUGAUAUCCCAGCAGCCGGUACAAUUCCUUCGUUUUUGCCCUGGC